CACCCCCAUACAGAAGAUGCCAUUCACGGUCAAGGUCUCCAGCAAGCAGAGACCAGUCUCGCACUAAAAGGACUAUACCUCAAGGGGAAGGAGAAAGGGAGUAUUUUAACAGAUACACAGAAGUUCCAGCAUACGAUAUGAAAGCUUACCGCGGCAGAUCUGUUGAAUUCAGAGAUCCAUUUGAAAAGGAAAGAUACAGAGAAUGGGAAAGGAACUAUACAGAACGGUAUGAACAGUUUUACAAGGGCUGUGCUGUUGGCGCUCAACCUCGACCUCCAGUAAACAGCGAGAACUUUUCUCCAGAGAGGUUUGGUCCAAAAAUGGACAAGACAAAGCAGAAAGUAGAAGUGGCUGUUCCUCCGAAGAAAGACAAUAUACUAAAACGAGCUAAAGCUCCCCAAGAAAAGGUGGACACCGAUCGUGAAAAAUCUGCUCAAAUGGAACCUCCUGUGAAAAAAGUGAAGGAGGAGUAGCCGACCUUAGUUCGUUUAUGUUCUUAAUUCAUCUUCAUAUGAUCUCUUGUAAAACAUUGUUGAACUUGUGCAUGCACUUUAUUUUGAAAUAAAGCACACAGCAUCAAU